AUGCGAGAUAUUCCGUUCAGCCGUCGCACCAAUAUUCGGUCGCUUUCAUCUGAGCUGAAAUAUCCAAAAUCAACGGUUCAUAAAAGAAUUAAAGAAGGUUACAUCCGACCACAUUCAAAUGCUUUGAAGCCCUAUUUAUCGGAAGAAAAUUUGAAAGCCAGAUUGAAAUUUUGUUUGUCUAUGGUUGAUAAAGAUACUAUUGAUACUUCACCAAAGUUUGUCAAUAUGUAUGAUCAAAUCCAUAUCGAUGAAAAGUGGUACUACAUGUCGAGAACAACACAAAAAUACUACCUACUUCCCGAUGAAAGUGAGCCUUUCCGAACUUGCAAAAGUAAGCGUUUCAUUCCUAAAAUAAUGUUUUUAGCUGCCGUUGCUCGUCCUCGUAUCGAUGUUGACACCGGUAUGACAUUUGAUGGGAAAAUCGGAAUAUGGCCAUUCGUUUGUAAGGAACCAGCAAAGCGAAAUAGCAAAAAUAGAACAGCGGGAACAAUGGAAACAAAACCAAUUCUAUCGGUGACUAAGGAGGUAACUCGAUCUUAUUUGAUUAAUAAUUUACUGCCUUCGAUUAAAGAAAAGUGGCCAUGUUUUGGUUCUAGGACUAUUUAUAUUCAACAAGACAAUGCAAAACCACAUUUGAAUGUCAAUGAUGCUGAAUUUAAUAGAGCAGCAAAAAUGGAUGGUUAUGAAAUCAGGUUACGUUGCCAACCUCCUAAUAGUUCAGAUAUGAACGUCUUGGACUUGGCCUUUUUUAGAGCUAUUGAUUCGAUUCAACAUAAAGAAGCUCCUCGAACUUAUGAUGAGUUCAUUUUGGCCGUGGAAAAAUCAUUUGAACAAUAUCCAGUUGAAGAAUUGAAUAACAGUUUUUUGACAUUGCAAUCUUGCAUGCAUGAAGUUAUGAAGAUUGAUGGAGGGAAUAAUUUAAAAGAAGAUUGA